AUAAUAAAAAAAGGUAAAGCAUUUAUUUAUUUAGUGUAGUAUGAGUAUGGAAUGGAGAAGCCUAUAUAUUUAUUUAUAUAUCUAGUAGAGAGUAGUAGAGAGCAAAUUAAUUAAGAUAAGAUGGAGGAGGAGGAGGGGAAACGUAUCCCGGUGAUUGAUAUGCAGAAAUUGGAAGAAGAUGAUGGAGAGCAGCUAAAGAGACUGAGAGAAGCAUCGGAGGAGUGGGGUUGUUUCAGGAUUGUGAACCAUAAGAUCCCCUCGAGUCUGAUGUCAGAGAUGAAGAAAGUGGUGAGAGAAGUGCUUGACCUUCCCAUGGAAAUCAAAAUGCGCAACACAGACGUCAUCGCCGGCAGUGGUUACAUGGCUCCCACCCAGGUCAACCCUUUUUAUGAGGCCUUGGGUCUCUAUGAUUUGGCCUCUUCUCAAUCUCUGCGUACCUUUUCUUCUCAAUUGGAUCUCUCCCCUCACCAAAGAGAAACAAUAGAGAUGUAUGCUGAAGCAAUACACGAGCUGGCCAAUGAUUUAGGACGAAUGUUGGCCAAAAGUAUGGGUUUGGCUAGCGACUUGUUCAAGGGAUGGCCUUGCCAGUUUAGAAUUAACAAAUACAACUUCACACCUGAAACUGUAGGAUCCUCUGGUGUACAAAUACACACGGAUUCAGGAUUCCUAACCAUACUUCAAGAUGAUGAAAACGUGGGUGGUCUUGAAGUCAUGGACAAGUCUGGUGCCUUCGUAUCCGUGGAUCCCUGGGUAGGCACCUUGCUUGUCAAUCUUGGGGAUGUUGCUAAGGCAUGGAGCAAUGGAAGAUUUUGUAACGUGAAGCAUCGAGUACAGUGCAAGGAAGCAUGUAUCCGAGUGUCAAUUGCUUCAUUUCUCUUAGGACCCAAGGAAGAGGCAGUUGAAGCCCCACCAGAACUUGUUGACUCUGACAACCCUCGCCAGUUUCUCCCUUUUACUUAUGAAGAAUAUAGGAAACUCCGGAUUUCCAAAAAAUUGCAUGCUGGUGAAGCCCUCCAAUUUGUACGCGCCAACCCAUAAAUGCAUGCGUAUCAAGUCAAGACUUGCCAGUUUAUGUAACUAAUAAAAGGCUCAUUAUACGCCUAAGCUUUUUAUGUUACUUUAGACUUUGCAAUUAUGCCUGUUGUGAUAUCAUUUGGAACAGUUGGUAUCGAACAUUGUUACAGCAA